GCCAUCCCGUCCGCUCCAGCAACCCCGCCAAACACGCUCAUCCCCCUUUCCCCAUCCAAACAACCUGGUGCCUCCGGUAACCUCCAGCACAAACCUCGAACCUCACCAAAGAACCCAACCCCAAACUCCAAGCAGUCCGAGCUGGCCAUGGGCAACGACCCCCACCAUAUCUCCUCGCUCGCGGACCUGGACGCGCUGGCCGCGGCCAACAAAUACCUCAUCCUGGACUUCUGGGCGGAGUGGUGCCCGCCGUGCAAGGCCAUCGCGCCGCUCUUCGCCAAGCUGAGCGCCGAGCUGGCGUUGCCGGGCGCAGUGGCCUUCGGCAAGGUGGACGUGGACGAGGCGCCGGACGUGGCGGCCAAGUUCGGCGUGACGGCGAUGCCGACCUUCAUCGUGCUGACCGACGGCGAGGCCAAGGGGGUGCGCGUGGGCGCGGGCGCCGCCGUCGCCGGCGGCGGCGUCGUCACGGGCGACGAGGGCGAGGUGCGCCUGAUCCGCGGCGCCGACCCGCGCAACCUCGUCGCGCUCGCCCACGAGCUCGUGCGCUUGGCCAAGGAGGAAGGCGUCGGGGCCGCUGCGGCCGAGUGAGGGGGUCAUCGGAGCAGGUGGGCCUGUCUUUUCUUCCCUCCUCCCCUCUCGUAGUGAUCUCUCCUUUUUCCUGCUUUGUUCUUUUUCUCCUUCGCCCUUGGGGCUGGAGACGGGGAGACAGAAUCUCUGACGCGAUAACAGACUGCUUAGGUACAGUACCCUGGAUUUUUUUCGGCGACGAGGCGAGGAAACGGAAUAAAGCGAGAGUCUUCGCGGUUUGCAAUGCGGUAGUGACAUGUAGUGGCGUUGGGAUACCCUCAAUUGUGCCUCCCAGCACUCGAUGAUGGUGUGCAACUGUGUGUCCAACACCCCGGACUGGCCGCACAGUCAACUCGCCAUGCAUGGUGGGCAGAUUAGCGCCACAAAAUGCCACGCUAGAUUGUGUUUCAUGUCGGUGGCCAAGUGGUAUCGUACUCAAACGCCAAAUUUCAACGGUAUCGACCCUAAGAAGCCCCCCUAUG